AGAGAUAACAAGAAUAUGUAAAAUAAAAGUAUUAAAUAUAUACAUUUUGAAUCAAUAAUCGUUUUAGUCUCUUAGAGAUCGUGUUCUUAAAUUAUAAUAAAUAUGAUUACCAAUUUAUUUAAAGUGUAUGUUCUUUUAUUUUCCAUCAUAUCACUUAACUUCUAUUAUGCCUAUGGUCAGACGGAAUCCAGCCGUGAACUUUAUGACAUUGAAGGUACAAUUAUGCUUCCCAACUUGACUACAUCUUGGUUAGCCGAAACUGUAAUCCAACUUAAAGGAGGCGAAGCAGUCGGAUUUCUUAGGAAAAACGGUUCAUUUAUCAUUUCAAAAGUGCCAUCAGGAUCAUAUAUUGUUGAAGUAGUAAAUCCAAACUAUGUGUAUGAACCAAUUAGGGUUGAAAUUAAUUCAAAAGGCAAAUAUCGCGCACGUAAAGUCAAUUAUAUUCAGUCAUCACACGUGCACCAAAUUCCUUAUCCAUUAGAGUUUGUAAAUUAUAUGCCAGCCAAGUAUUUUUACACUCGAGAACAAUGGAAAGUUACUGACAUUCUCUUCAAUUCAAUGGUUUUAACUAUGGUGUUGCCUCUCCUUGCUAUACUAGUUUUACCAAAGUUAAUGAAUGAUCCAGAAACUAAAAAGGAAAUGGAACAAUUGUCAAACUUAAAACAUGAGAUGCCUGAAAUGUCUGAAAUGAUAACCUCUUUUUUUUCUGGAAGUCCACCAGCAGUUGCUGAUAAACAAAAAGAAAAAUCUAAAGCAAUAAAAAAUUCAAAAAAAUCAAAUAAAAACAAUUAAUGUACUAUAAGUGUUAACUUACCAAACUUAUAUUAAGGUUAAGUAUUAUGUACAUAUAUAUAUAUAUAUACAUACAUAUAUAUAGCCACAAAAAUAAUAGUAUGUGUUUAUACAAA